AUGAACAUUUUACCACAUAAAAGCUAUCAUGUUUACAAUCUCAAAAAUCGAGAGCGUGUUCGUCAAGACGAAGAGAAAGCUCGACAAGAGGAAGAAGCAAAGGCUCAAAGACAAGAGAUUUCGGAACGUGAGCGCCGUCUUCAAAUUCUUCGGGAAAACGCACGUGCAAAGCAACAGGGCUUACUAUCAGAGAUACCAAAAGAGCAAGCUGCUGGUCAAUUAAUAACGACAAAUCAAAAGUUAGCAAUACAAAGUUCGGCUGACUCCGUUGGCGGUCAUAUUAAUUUCUGGAGUGACUUAGAAAAAGAAUAUGCCCGUACAGUCUCAACCAAUCCAGAAUAUGAGGCGGAGAAAAAGGCAAAAGAACAAAAAUUGGAGAGACAGUAUACGAUGUAUUUUGAUGAAGUUUUAAAAGAUCCAAAGCCAUGGUAUCUUAAGAGUGGUUAUAAUAGUAGUAUUGGUAGUAGUGGCAUUGAUGACGAAAAAUAUUCUAUAGAUGGAAAAAUUAAAAGAAAAAAAGAAAUGGGAAUUAAAUCUGCUGACGAUCCACUACACCUAAUGAAAAUAAAUUUAGAUAAAUUAUCAAAGAAAAAGAAAACCAAUACAGUACUUGACAAUCGACUGAAGCAUACGAAGGAAAUUCAAUCUGAUCCACCCUCCUUAUCAACAAUUGACAAACUACGUGAUGAACGACUGAAGAGAGAGCAUGAAGAAAGAUUACGCACUCUUAAACUUCUCAAUCCUCACAUGAUAAACAAACAAGAAUCAAAAGGUCGAUAUUUUUCACAAUUCAAUCCAGAAGCUACUAGCGCAGCGCAUAAGGCAUCUGAAUGGGAAAGCACACACACUCAUAGUGCUCGCUCUC